AUGUUACCAGCAAUAAAUAAGGAUCUAAAUAAAGAGCUCAUAGAUGGCUAUACAAAUACGCGGAAGUUGUGGACGGUUACGCCUGUCAAAGGUCAUUUGCACUCAAGUGGUUCUCGCAUUUCAAUCACGUCACAACCGUUGUGGGAGCUAUUGAACCCAAGACUUCAUAUUCGUCUCACUUUUCCAAAUUGUUCUAUUUGCAACUGUCUACCUAACCAGAAUCAACCACAUAUGAGUUUCAAUCUCGAAACUAUCAAGCUUGAACCUGCUCCUAAGCCUAGCUUCUUGAUAAAUGCCACCUACGAUGCUAUCAAGCAGUUCAUGUCAAUUUACAAAACUCCAGCAAUUUCACAGAUAAAAAAGGUGACCGAACUGGAUGUGUUAAUUGGAACGCUACGACCAGAGGUACAGCAGUCCUACCAAGCUUAUAAAGCUGAAGCGCUCCUUAUCAAGCUCACUCAGGAUGAAAGAUUGCAAGAGAUUGCUGAAAAAGCUCAUUUCACUAUGGUUCAUCUUGGGGCUCUCAAACAAAGCAAGACUAUUGGCAUCAAUGAACACAAGAAGCGUAUUGAAAUGAUUUUUUCGGAAUUUUCAGACUUUAUGGUGCAAGCUGUCACUGAUGAAAUGGCAAAUACG